AUGAGUGCAUUGCUAUCAGAGGAAGAUCUGAAUGACUUCAUAAGCCCUGGAUUGGCCUGUGUGAGGCCGGUAGAGACAAAGAAGACAGGCAAGGACGAACCCACAGAGUUUGAGGUUGGCAAGGAGCCAAGCGAAUUGGAGAAAGUCUCGAUAAGUCUACAGGACUGCUUGGCUUGUGCUGGUUGCAUUACCUCCAGCGAGGAAAUCUUGCUUAGCAGACAGAGCCACACGGUUUUUGUUGAUGCAUGGAAGAACCUGGGAGAUGAGACUAGGUUGGCGGUAAGCAUAUCACCUCAGAGCAGGAUAUCGCUGGCGAACUACUAUGGCAUGAUGCUGGACGAGCUUGACCUCUGCCUGGCGAACAUGUUCAAACAGUUCUUCCGCUGUAAGUAUCUUGUCGGGACCCAGGUCGGGAGAGGCAUAACCAUAAGCCGCAGCAACCAGGCUAUUAUGGCCGCCAGACAGGAACCGCAGGCAGUCAGAAAACCGCUGCUGAGUGCUGUCUGUCCGGGGUUCGUUCUCUACGCUGAGAAGACCAAGCCGGAACUGGUGCCCUAUCUGCUGAACGUCAAGUCGCCGCAGCAGAUCACCGGGUCUCUGCUCAAGCUUUCUGUGAACGAGAAGCUCUAUCACUUGGCCAUCAUGCCCUGCUUCGACAAGAAACUAGAAGCGUCCAGACCCGACGGCGAACAAGAGGUUGAUUGUGUCAUCACUCCGAGAGAGCUAGUCACCAUGUUCCAAGAGCUCGGCAUAGACCUACGCCAAUACAAGACCCAAGAUGCCAGCCUUCUGCGCUCGAUGUCGCCGGACGGGUGGGAUCUCACGCUGCACUGGUCCUCGAACGAGGGAAGCAGUUCCGGCGGAUUCGCCUUCCAGUACAUCCGCGAGAUGCACCAGCUGAACCCGCAAGCCGAGCUACUGAUUGUAGAGGGCAAGAACAGCGACGUCCGCGAGUACAGGCUCGUCGACGCAGCCAGCGACCAAACACUCGCCUCCGCUACCGAGCUCUACGGUUUCAGAAACAUCCAAAACAUGGUUCGCAAACUAACCCAGAAGUCUGCGAAGCCGCGCAACGCACGGUUGCUCAAGAACAGGCAGACCAACGCCGCGGUCCAAAAGAAGCCCGAGGUAGCCGAUCUCUCUGCCACAGACUUCAUCGAGGUAAUGGCAUGUCCCGGAGGCUGCAUCAACGGAGGUGGCCUACUCGAAGGCGACUCCACCAAGCGCAAGACGCUCGUGGACCAGCUAAACACUCGCUACGCACAAGAACUCGUCCCCGUCGACCCCAUACGCAUGGGCAGGCACAUAGACACCACCUCCGUCGCCCACAACAUGCCCUACCGGUAUCAAUUCCAUCCCAUCACAUCGCGGUCCAACGAUGUUGUCUCAUUGGGCAACACUUGGUAA